AGUCACGCGCAUGAAAUGAGUAGUGAUAAUUUUUUUUCAGUAGUAGAACACACAGUUACCAAUGUUGGAAAAAUAAUUCUCUUCUCUCUGCAUUUUGAAAAUCUUGACUACAAAAUCAAAAGUUUACUUCCUCAAAUGGCAGAUGAGAUACGAAUAAACCUGGAUGUGCCAAGAUGGGAUCAGAACACGUACUGGGGUCGGGCACAGUACUUUUUCAACACUACAAAUCCACUCAACCUGUUCACAACAUCCAAGCGCUUGGACCAAUGCAAACAAAUAGUUGACACAUACAAAGCUGGAGGAAAAUUACCGGGUGUCUCAUUAGAGGAAUUGUACAGAGCAAAAGAUCUGGUGGACUCAGCGUUCCACCCUGAAACGGGGGAAAAGAUGAUUAUCAUUGGUCGAAUGUCAGCACAAGUUCCAAUGAACAUGGUCAUAACUGCAUGCAUGAUCACGUUCUACAAAACAGCACCUGCGGUAGUAUUCUGGCAGUGGGUGAACCAAUCUUUCAAUGCACUGGUCAAUUACACCAAUCGGAGCGGCUCUUCACCAAUGCCCCUUGACCAAGUGGCGAAGUCAUAUCUAUCUGCUACUGGUGGAGCACUGGUUACAGCCCUCAGCUUGAACAAACUAGUCAAGACAGCACCUCCUCUGGUCGGAAGACUGGUUCCAUUCGCUGCUGUAGCGGCUGCUAAUUGUAUCAAUAUUCCAUUGAUGAGAUAUAAGGAGAUCAGAGAUGGAAUUUCUGUAUUUGAUGACAAUAACAACCACUUGGGUGAUUCGCCCACUGCAGCCAAAAUAGGAAUUUCUGCGGUGGUUUUCAGCAGAAUUUUGAUGGCAUCUCCAGGAAUGGUUCUCACACCAGUAAUAAUUGAUCGUUUGGAACGGAAGGGCACAUUCGUUCGUUACCCCCGCAUGGUGGGACCGCUGCAAUUCCUUCUUUGUGGUUUCUUCCUCACCUUCACCACACCCAUGUGCUGUGCAUUGUUCCCUCAGAAAUCUCCGAUCUUAAUUGCCAAAUUGGAACAGUCCAUACAGGAUAUUGCAACGGCUAUUACUCCAAAACCAGAGAUUGCAUAUUACAACAAGGGUCUCUGAAUCGAGCGUUCUACUAGAUCACUAUUUGUUACAUCAGACAUCUUGAUACUGUACCGAAUUUUUUACUUUUACUUUAUUUUUGGAGAAACUAUUUUUCCAGUGUUCAAUCUCCUGUAUUAGGCUAGUGACAAAAUACAUAAAUUUAUUGACAAA